AUGACCAACAUUCGAAAAGUACAUCCACUGGCCAAAAUUAUCAACAGUUCACUUAUCGACCUGCCCACACCAUCUAACAUCUCAGCAUGAUGAAACUUUGGAUCCCUCCUCGCAGCAUGCUUAGCCUUACAAAUCCUAACAGGCCUUUUCCUAGCUAUACACUAUACCUCAGACACCACCACAGCCUUUUCAUCAGUCACCCACAUUUGCCGAGACGUCAACUACGGCUGAAUCAUCCGAUACAUGCACGCAAAUGGAGCCUCCAUAUUCUUUAUCUGCCUCUACAUGCACGUAGGACGAGGACUGUACUACGGAUCCUAUACACUAACAGAAACAUGAAACAUUGGCAUCAUCCUCCUAUUUACAAUCAUAGCUACAGCAUUUAUAGGCUAUGUACUUCCAUGAGGACAAAUAUCAUUUUGAGGAGCAACCGUCAUUACCAACCUCCUAUCAGCAGUCCCUUACAUCGGAACCAACCUAGUAGAAUGAAUUUGAGGGGGAUUUUCAGUCGACAAAGCAACCCUAACACGAUUCUUUGCCUUCCACUUUAUUCUCCCCUUCAUAGCAUCAGCACUAGUAAUAGUACACCUAUUAUUCCUACACGAAACUGGGUCCAACAACCCAUCAGGAAUCUCCUCUGACUCAGACAAAAUUCCAUUCCACCCAUAUUACACAAUUAAAGAUAUCCUAGGAACCCUCCUACUAAUCUUAACCCUAAUACUACUAGUAAUAUUUUCACCGGACCUGCUGGGAGACCCAGACAACUAUAUUCCAGCCAACCCCCUCAGCACUCCACCACAUAUUAAACCUGAGUGAUAUUUCCUAUUCGCCUAUGCUAUUUUACGAUCCAUCCCCAACAAAUUAGGGGGAGUUCUAGCCCUACUCCUAUCAAUCUUAAUUCUAGCUAUCAUUCCACUACUUCAUACAUCAAAACAACGAGGAAUAAUAUUCCGACCCAUCAGCCAAUGCCUCUUCUGACUCCUAGUAGCAGACCUACUCACAUUGACAUGAAUCGGAGGACAACCAGUCGAACACCCCUUCAUCACCAUCGGCCAACUAGCCUCAAUCCUAUACUUCACUAUCCUCCUAGUUUUUAUACCCAUCGCCGGCAUUAUCGAAAAUAACAUCCUAAAAUGAAGA